AUGAUUAUCAACGAAUACCGUGUCAUUAACAACUGUACUGAAAAGGAAUAUCAAAUUGCACAAUUAUAUGCUACUGCCAUGGCUUCCAAGAAUUCCACUGGUGGUGGUGAAGGUGUUGAAGUAUUAAAGAAUGAACCAUAUGAAAAGGGAAAUGAAAAGGGUCAAUAUACACACAAAAUUUAUCGUUUGGCUUCUAAAGUACCUGCUUGGGUACGUGCUAUUGCUCCUUCUGGUGCACUUGAACUUUAUGAAGAGGCUUGGAAUGCUUAUCCUUAUUGUAAAACUGUGUUAAAGAAUGGUUACAUGAAAGAUGCUUUCUCUAUUGUGUACGAAACGCUUCAUGUGGAUGGAUCCCGUGGUGAGCUUGAAAAUGCUCUUAAUAUCAGUAAAGAAGACCUCAAGAAGCGCAAUGUCAUUAUUAUCGAUAUUGCUAACGACAAGAUUGAACCCAAGGAUUAUAAGCCUGAUGAAGAUCCAAAGACUUAUCAUUCUGAAAAGACAGGUCGUGGUCCAUUAACUGAUCCUGACUGGCAAAAGAAGUGUGAACCUGUGAUGACAUGUUAUAAGCUUGUGUAUAUUGAAUUCAAAUGGUUUGGUAUUCAAGGCAAGACUGAAUCCUUCAUUGCAAAGACAAUCCAUACUCUAUUCACUACUUUCCACAGACAACUCUUUUGUUGGACUGACAGAUGGUUUGGAUUGACAAUUGAAGACAUUCGAGAAAUCGAAGAACAAACCAAGAAAGAUUUGGAUGAAAAGAGAAACGUUGGUACUUCUCCUCUUGAAGACAAAUAG